ACACCAUUGCUCCGUCGGCCAGGCCAAUUCAUUUAUAAGCGUUUGCCAGCGUAGAAAUUACUUUCAGUCGUGCUAGAUAUUAACUAACUGACAGACGUUACGGAUUAACGGAACGGAAGUGGAACACGGAAUUCUAGAAAAAAAAAACGGAAAAUCCCUCUUCAUAUAAAUAACAAAGUGAUUUGUUGCAAAAAAAGAGAAAAGAAAAAAUAUACCAAAACAAGAAGCUAUUAUUAAAAUUGAUAUUAAUCAUACGCAGAGAUAAAUUGCCACAAUUAAAUAUCAAAACCAAAAAUAGAACAACAGUAAUAAUAAAUCACGCAAACCUUGUAUUAGAAGACAACAACAGAAAACAGUGAUUUUCUCUCCGUUUUGUUUACAAGUGCCGGGCAGAGAUUCAAAGCAAAAAACAAAAAAAAAACAAAUAAAAAUUAUACACAACAUAAACCCUAAAACAACAAAAUUAAUAGGGAAAAAUCACGCAAAAAAAUAAUAUCAACUUAGUUAUGAGAACUAAAUAUUGUUGGGAAAAUACAAUUUCCACUACAAGUGUUAUUUGAAAUUUUUUGUCACAAGAACAACACAAAGAACAAGAGAAAAAAACACCCAAAAAUUACCCAUUUUAUCUGGGAAACACUUCAAAACAGCAGGAAAUCCUUUUAAUAUUACAACAAGAAAAUAACAACAACAGCAACAAAACAAAAAAAUUAUUAGAAAAAAAAAAAAACAAUACUUGAAAAUAUCUAUAACAAGAAUCAAAAUAACAUCAGAUAAGCAGUCUAUCAGUGGGUGCGUGUGUGUGAGCUCGAUUUGAUCGCUGGAUAUUUCUUUGCUGCCAUCAAAAUAUUCACCAAAAUGAAGUUAGUAAUAUUUCGUUGCUUAAGACAAUCGAAAAAUCACGCAAGUGAAAAGAGUGCAACCGACAAGGAGUUGCAGCGCAAAUCAAGCGCCAUUCCCAAGAAUUUUCCAGAGGCUGUAAAAAUUCUACUCUUGGGCACCGCCGAGUCGGGCAAGACCACAAUAAUCAAACAAAUGCGAAUAUUACACAUUAAUGGCUACACAGAUGAUGAACGUCGUGACAAUAUACCGGAAAUUUAUCAAAAUAUUCACGAGUCAAUUUAUCAAUUGGUGCAACAUAUGUCCAUACUGGGUCUGGAGUAUCAAAGUUGUGCCAGCAAACACAGUGCAGCCUAUAUUCUGUCAAUGGGCGAUACGGCUCCCGAAUACAUGAAUGAGGAAUAUUGUGAUCAUGUAAUGACUUUAUGGAACGAUUUUGGCAUUAGGACCUGUUAUGAACGUUCGAAUGAAUUUCCACUAUCGGAUAGUACAAAAUAUUUCCUUGACAACUUUGAACGCAUCUGUCAGGAUGAUUACAUUCCAACCACCGAAGACAUACUGCACAGUCGCAAAGUAACCACCGGCAUUCACAAUAUCUCGUUUCGCGUGCAAAUACCCAAAUAUUUGGGUGGUGGCGAACAGAUCUUCCAUAUGUACGAUGUGGGCGGUCAGAGGGAUCAACGCAACAAAUGGAUCCAGGUCUUUGAAGGUAUCCAGGCGGUAUUAUUCCUCAUAUCAUGCAGUGAUUUUGAUCAGACGCUUCGCGAAGAUCCUACCCAGAAUCGUUUGAUAGAAGCCUUGAGUUUAUUCCGUGGCGUUUGGCAAAAUCGUUUUCUUUCCUCAGCCGGUUUUAUUGUCUUCCUCAAUAAACAGGAUAUUUUGCGAAGGAAAAUUGCCGCCGGCAAACACAUUGUUGAUUAUUUUCCCGAAUUCGAGGAUUUCUGUAACAGUCCUCAGGCGGAAUCUUGUUUCGACGAAUGCGACUGGACGAAAAAGUUUAUCAAACAGAAACUUAUCGACAUCACAGAGGAGCCUGUCAAGCGGCCAUCACGCAAUCUCAUGAACCACAAUGCCAAACGUGAAUGUUACUACCAUUUCACGGUGGCCACCGAUACCGGCUGCAUACGCAAGGUAUUCAACGAUGUCCAUCAAAUGAUAUUGCAUGACAAUUUGGCCCAAAUGAAUCUAAUGUGAGACGUUUCACCCCCCACUCCUACCCCACCACAAAACGCUCCAUCUCUGUGCAUGUUCUCCCAUUACGUGAGUGCGGGGGAACUGGUCACUUCCUUUCGUCUGUGAUGUAUUCUUUAAGUUUAAGAAAUUGGAAUAAACACACCGUAGUAACGUAGCAAAAAAAAAACAACCAGAAAUAGUUAGGAAUAUUAGAUUUUACUUUUAUUAUACAAAAAAAAAAAAAAACAAAAAUAUUCGCAAUAAUUUAAGUAGAAUAUAAUCCUAGCUAUAGAAACCAAUUAAUUGUAAUUUAUUAUUGUACGCUAAAUGAGUAAAAUUAAUUUUUAUAUCUUUCUAUUGGAAAUCAA